AUGACUGUUGUCAAGUUCCAGGCCAGCAAUGAAACUGUUGUCAUAAAUUCUGGCUCAAGUGCACCUCGAAGUGUAAGGGAGGAAACAUUUCUGGCUAAUCCGAAUCUAGCCAAAAUAGGAUACUCAUCAAUAGGAACACCUGGCUUUCUUCAUGGUAUCUGGACUGCUUAUAAACGUUUCGGAUCCGGUCGUAUAGCAUGGCAAGAUCUGCUUCUGCCUACUAUACAUCUGCUCGAGAGGGGUCGCUACAGUAAUCGCUCUGACAUUUCCUUAGAUAUCAACUACUUAGUGGAUCUCCUUGCGGCACAGCGUUCAGGAUUAAUGAGAUUGGAGCAAAUAGGUGAUCCAGACUUUGCAGUAUCAGAUCCAGUGAAGGAAAGCUUAGCAGAAAGACGUAAUAAUUCUAUAAAUGAUUCAGAAGAGGAAGCUGAAGACGUUGGCGGUGUUGAUAUCAAUGGAUUGCUUUGGAAACUGAAUCACGAAGAUACGGUCGGCUCGCACAUAAACGUCAUCGACAACGGUCAUAUGGCUGUAUCUUUGAGUUCAACUAUAAACGAAAAGUUUGGUUCCGUUCGUCGCUUUGAGAAAGGUGGUUUUAUCUGGAAUAAUGCAAUGUCUGGAUUUACUAUCCACGACAAAGAGGACAGUGAAGAUAUGCACGAGAAUUCUGUAGAGGGAAGGAAACGAUCACGUACAUCUAUGGCGCCUUUGAUGCUGUUUAAUCAGGAAGGACAGUUAAUCGGCUCCUAUGGUAUUACGGGAUCUCUUAAUUCAAUCCUUGGGAUGUCUCAGGUUCUCUUACAUCGUAUACUUUUUGACAUGCGGUUACUGUCCGAGAUGCGAACGUCGAUGUCACUUGAUCCUUUGCUAUUGAUAGACUCUGUGGUGCAUGUUUUAGAAAGGAGCAGUAAUGGAACAUUAAAGGCCGUGUGUGAUUUUCGUGACGAUUCAGAUCAGUGUGCAAGAGGAUUCUAA